AACCAACUUACACAAUCCUCUCACCCUCACCAAUCUAGACCCCAUCCUUGUCAACCCCAGGGCGUAGACAGGGAACCGAUUCCCCAAAGCAGACUAGGGUAACCCUACUUUCCCCGCGGUAAACUCCACACUGGGGUGGAGCAAUCCUCGCACCGUCCCCCCGAAAUGGGCCAAAUCUUCCGAGGCGCCGGAAAACUCCUGCCACCGCCCACGAAAAAGAGGGCGAGUAUAUAACCGCGCGCUUGAGGCUGGAUUCGUACCCAGUGCAGCCCCCGGUAUCUUCAACAGCACAGCAUACAAUUACCCUGCCAGUCCUCAAUUGCAUUCAUUGAGCUUAAACCAACCUAGCACAAAACCACCACCCCACCACCACCACCACCAAGUUCAGCUCAAGCACCGAAAAGAAGUAAAGAAAAUGUCCCUCAUCAUCCUCGGAGGCGGCAUCAUCGGCCUCUCGACGGCCUACUACGCGUCGCUCGCCGAUCCGACCCGCAAAAUCCAGAUCGUCGACUCGGCCUCGGCCCUCUUCCAGUCCGCCUCGGGCUUCUCGGGCGGCUUCAUCGCCAAGGACUGGUUCUCGGACGAUGUCACCUCGCUCGCCGACCUCUCCUUCCGCCUGCACCAGUCCCUGGCGGAUGCGCACGACGGCCGCAAGAAAUGGGGCUACAGCGCUAGCCAGGCGUUCGGCGUGACGAUGGACGAGCUCGACGCGCACGGCCGGAAGACCGGUGGGAAGGUGCGCGGGGAGGAUUGGUUGCUGUCGGGCACGAGUCGCGCGGAGGUCGCGAAGCAGUUUUCCCCGUCGUCUAGCGUCACCAGCAAGGGCCAAGGGGAGAGGGAUGGGCGGUUGGAUGGCAAGGGCACGCCGACGUGGAUGAAUCGCCCGGCGGAGUGCGUGGUGGAGGAGAUCUCGAGUGACGCGGGGUGCGCGCAGGUCGACCCCAAGGCGCUGGUGGUGUGGUUGCUGGCGCAGUGUCGGGAGCGCCGGGUGGAGAUCCUGCUGGAUACCCGCGCGACGGGGUUCAAGGUGGACCGCGAGGGCCGGAUCGAGGCGGUGACGGCUGAGCAGCGCAUGUCGGUGCACAGCACCCCCGUCGAGAUCUCGUUGCCCUGCAAGGAUCUCGUCAUUGCCGCCGGGUGCUGGACCCCCCGCGUGUUCCAGACGCUGUUCAAGCGCAAGAUGGCGGUCGGGAUCAAUGGGCUCGCCGGGUAUAGUGUCAUCGUGCGCUCGCCGCGGUAUACCCGCUCCGUGGCGCAGAAGGACCAUUCGAUUUUCUGCGCCCCCGGCCCGCAGUGGGAAUUUGCGCCGGAGAUGCUCGGCCGGGUGAAUCACGAGGGGGUCCCUGAGAUUUACAUCGCGGGGCUGAAUAGUGAUCAGAUGCCGUUGCCGGAGGUGGCGGGCGAGAUUCCGAAGUUGCGGGAUCAGAAGCAGGUGGAGCGGUUGCGGGAGGUGGCCCGGCUGUUGACAGGCAGUGAUGCAUCGACGAAGAGUGAUUUGGAGAUUGUGAGUGAGGGCUUGUGUUUCAGGCCGGUUUCGACAACAGGCUCUCCGAUUAUCUCGCCAGUCACGGGGGCUGUGAGCAGCGCUGGAGGCAGGGUGUAUGUGGCCAGCGGACACGGCCCGUGGGGCAUCACUCUGGCCUUGGGAACGGGUCAGGUCGUUUCCGAGCUCUUGGUCGGCAAGACCCCCAGUGCUGAUAUCAGCAAGCUGGCGCUGAAGCAGGAUGUGUCUUUGCUGAGGAGUCAGUUGUAAAGAUUUGGUGUCUGUCUUAUUAGCGUGUUUUGUUUGUACUGUCUUAGUCUUCAAGACCCUUUUGCACUACGACUGUACUCCAGCGCUAGACCAGGGUCGCGCUGAUUCAUGAUAGAAUGUCAUCGAUUUUGAAAUGUGA